CUGGGUCUCUGGUUGCCGGGGUCUCCGGGGGCAGGACUGGCCUCUGGGGUGGGGGCCGUGUAUGGUGACUCAGGCUGCGCGUCGUCUGUUGUGACUCGGUGCGUGUGUGUGUGUGUGUGUGCCUGUGAGACGGAGUGCCGUGUACCUUGUGCUUGAGCACUGGGUUCAUUGGCCGCAUUUGGAGUGUGUCGUGUGACUGUGUGAGGUCCCCAGCGUGUACCCGGGCGUGUGUGUUGUGAAAGGAGAAAGGGGAGAAAAGCCAGAGAGCGGGGUGCUUUGGCAAGCUGGCCCGGAGGGGGAAGGGGGUAUCCGGGGGGUGUCCAGCCCGGAUCUGCCGGCUUUGCGGUUGAAACGGGGAUGGCCAAGGGGUCGUCUUCCCCUGGCAGGAAGAGAGCCUGUUUGGGGGAGGUCGCUUUGGUGCCCUCCAAGUCCCAGGCCCGAUGGAUGGAUGGGAUGGAUGGGACGGAUGGACGAUUGGCUGGACGGGCUAUGGAUGCGGGAGACUGACCUCUGCCCACCUCGCCCGGGGGGACGGGAGGCGGACGGAGGGAUUCGCCCGAGAGCCGGAGUCCAGAUCGGUCGGUGGAGACGGUUGCUGUGCAUCCUCAGAUGACCCGGGAAUUUUUAGCCUUCGAAUUCACCGGCACUUUCUUCGAAGCGGGGAAAAAGAAGAAAACUGAAGGCGCAGAGGGGAAUAGGAAUAGCGAAUGUCAGCGAUUUAGAAUUUCCCAACACCUCUAAUGAUAACGGAUUCAGGGUUAAGAUUUCAUUAUGUAGCGGCUGGAGAAAGGGGUAAACCACUGAUGCUGCUGCUGCAUGGCUUUCCGGAGUUCUGGUAUUCUUGGCGCCAUCAACUGCGGGAGUUUAAAAGUGAAUUUCGAGUUGUGGCAUUGGAUUUGAGAGGCUACGGAGAGACAGAUGCUCCUUCUCAACGAGAGCAUUAUAAAUUCGAGAACCUAAUUACGGACAUAAAGGAUAUUUUAGACUCUUUAGGAUACAGCAAAUGUGUUCUAAUUGGCCAUGACUGGGGUGGAAUGAUCGCUUGGUUAAUUGCCAUAUUUUAUCCAGAGAUGGUGAUAAAACUUAUUGUUAUUAAUUUUCCUCAUCCAAAUGUCUUUACAGAGUAUAUCCUAAGGAACCCUUCACAGCUGAUCAGAUCUAGUUACUAUUAUUUUUUCCAAAUGCCGUGGUUUCCAGAGUUCAUGUUCACCAUAAAUGAUUGCAAGGCUCUGAAACACCUCUUCACCAGCCAAAGCACGGGAAUCGGAAGAAAAGGCUGUAGGUUAACAGCAGAAGAUCUUGAAGCUUAUAUUUAUGUCUUUUCCCAACCUGGAGCCCUAACUGGUCCAAUUAACCAUUUCCGAAAUAUAUUCAGCUGCCUGCCUCUGAAGCAUCAUGAGGUGAUCACGCCAACGUUAUUGUUGUGGGGAGAGAGAGAUGCCUUUAUGGAGGCUGAAAUGGCCGAAGUCACAAGGAUUUAUGUUAAAAAUCACUUCAGACUGACUAUUUUGUCAGAAGCCAGUCAUUGGCUUCAGCAGGAUCAACCGGACAUAGUCAACAAGUUGAUCUGGACAUUUUUAAAAGAAGAAACAAGGAAAAGAGAGUGACUUUGGUAAACAUCUGCUCAGUGGCCUGGAUUGAAGGCCUUAAAGUUAAAAAAAAAAAUAUUGGUACAGGGCCAUAUUUUCAAACAAUUUCUUUGGGCUUUGUUAGAGAGAUUGCUUUUUUAAGCCUCUGUAAAUGCAUACUGAUAUCAGUGUUCUUUUAAAAAGGGAAUAUUUAAAAUGUGUAACGUUAAUGUUGGGUUUGUGAUCUUAUAUUUUACCCGUAAAACACCUGCCUUAAAGCGCACCUAUAUUGAGGGAAUUGUGGAAGAUGCUUAAUUUUAGUUUCUAUGUUAAUAGGUGGUGCCUUUUACAGAUUUAUAUAUAAAGGAAAAAUGUGCCAUGGUGAAAAGAAUAUCAUAGAAUACCAUUUUCAUUUCACAGAUCAACAUUUUGUUUUAAAUUAUGUUUAAAUUUUUAUCAUUUUAAAGAACUCUGCCAAAUAGUUUUGUUUUGGCAUAAGUAUUUACAGCUAUAAUGUAACUGUAAUAUAUGAACAGACACAAUUAUAUUCCUAAAAUGAAAAUCUCCAACCAGCUCAUUGUACUGUAGAAUUCUCAUUGCUUUGUAAGUAAAAUCAGCAGUCUGUAAAAAGAAAAAUGCCACAAUAGAUAUCGGGAGUAACAGAGAACUCUAUCUGGGUCUUGUAUCAAAUCAGUCAAAUAAAAUGUGACUUGCCUGAGA